GCUGGAACAGAACAUCUCAGUCUCUUGAUGCCUCCGAAGAAAAUAAUGAUGGUUGGUCAAGUGGAGAAGAUCCAUUAAAUUCCUCUGAUGCGGAAGAAGAAGUAACAGAAAAUACAGAAGAAAAAAAACUAGUUCCUGGUAAAUACACCGUUGUGGCCGAUUACGAGAAAUGUGAUGAGUUCCGGGUCAAGUGUGGGGAUAUAGUUCAGUUAAUACGUGAAGAUGAUGAUGGAAUGUGGUGUGUGAAAAACCUGAGCAGCAACAAAGAAGGACUUGUGCCCUCCAGCAACCUAAUGAGUCUCAUUACCCCUUCUAAAUCUGCCCACUCAUUAAGCAGCUCAGAAUCAGGAACUGCCUCAAGCACUUUAAGCUCAUCAUCCAGCUGUAGUGAGAGUUGUAAUGCCAGCAGCAUCAGUUUUGCAGAUAUCAAAAGCUGAGCUAAAGAUCAGUGAUCAGAACAUGGAGGAUCUCUUGAACAGCCAAUCAGCACUGUUUGCUCAGCAGGACGAAUAGGAAAUGGGAAGAAGAAAAAACCUUCCUUUAUUUUAACACAGUAACUUGAAACCGUCUGGUGUUAAUGAGCUGAUUACUUGUAUAAGUGGAUGGUGCACAGACUUACAUAUUUUUUAUUCUGAGGGAAUGCAUGCUACUGAACUGUGCCUGGAGGAGUCACAUAGGGAUAAGUCUGCAAUAUCACUUGUUUGGAGAUCAGUUUACAGCUCUGGAACCUGUGUUUACACUGUCAGCAUUUCACAUUCACUGUGUAUAUGAGUGUUGGACCUCAGUAUGACGUACUGUAGCUGUGAUGCCAGUUUGCUGUCAUGAUUUGCGUUCCCAAGCGCCACACAAGAUUACCCAGCUCUUUUAGGCUCUGUGCAUCAACAUGAAAAACAAAACGAACCGAGACUUUUGCCUUUUACACUUUUUAAUGAGUGCUUGGGCCAGUUUGCGGUCCUUUUUUUGCCUCGAAUCAAGUCACAAAAGAAAACCAUAUCCGUUUUUGCAUAUUACAGUAAUUUGCUAGGAAAUUUGAUACAAAGUUAUUUUUCCACUCUCUUAGAACCAAACAUUUGUAAGUGCAGAAAAAAUGGUCUAGCAAUGUUAUUAGAUGGUGCUGAGAAAAAUGAAAAUAGCUAUAAAAAGAUGGUAUAAAAGCAACCUUUAUGCCAUUUAUACUAAUUUGAAGCAUUCAGCUGUGGAGUAGCCUGGGGAAUUUUAAUGUAGAUACUGUUAUGAAUAUAGAUUAAUAUUUAAUCAUAGUUACAACCAAAUAUUUAUACACAGCACUUUUUAUACAUGAAAUCAGAACAAUAUUGUAUUCUGAUGUCAGCGCCUUGAGUGCACUGGGUUCGGUCACACAAAACCCAAUAAGCAUCUCACUAUAUCAUAUGGUGCUGUUACCCCACAUGGAUUGUCAAAAUGAGUCAAAUUUAACUGAUUUCUUUAAUUUGUCAGCAAACCAGUCGGGCUCACUUGAAGAAGAAAGGCGCAUUUUGUUCAGCACCUUUUUGAUUGCAAUACAUACAACAUUUGCUUGCUUUUUUUUAAAUAAUAUUUUUAUUGACAAUUAAGGUGUUCUAGUUUAGUAUGUAUUUGUAAGCUAUAACAAGUACAUAGCAUCAGUAGCUCCUAUAUAAAGAUAUUAUGGAGUCAAAAUUAAAUUGGUCAGCAUUUCAACAUUAUUUCUAACUUUUAAUGAGGAUAUACUUCUAAAGAAUACAUUUAGAUCAUUUUGGGGUUUUUGGGAAAAACUUUUCUUUGCCCUGUAUGAAAAAGGUCUCAUAUUGUAUUUGCUAUUUGACCUAAUGUCCACUAAGUUUUCUGCAAUCUGAUAUAUAUAUAUAUAUAAUGCAUCUAUGUGUCUAUGUAUGUAUAUUUCUAAAAUCAAGAUGAUAACAUUUGCUGCUACAAUUGUAUUUUCCCCAAUUAUAUAAUUUGUGCUAAUACCUCAAUAUAAAAUGUUCUUUCCCCAUUUAAUUAUAGGCAGGUUGAUAUGCAAUAAAGGAAUAAGUUAUAUUUAUUUAAAAGGGGGAUUUCUCAUACAAUGACAACAAAAUAUUUUAGUAUUUUACUAAGAUACAUUUUUUUACAAUCUUCUUUAAGUAAAAUAAAUACAAUAAUAUAGUUUAUUACUUGCCAUAUUUGCAUAGAAGGUAAUUUAUCAAAAAAUAACUUGUAACAAUAAAAUCUAGCAGAAUUUUAAAGCACUUUACAUUUGUGGAUCUUUAACAUAUAAUUCAUGUGUUUUGUAAAUGAUACAUUUAGGGUUUUAUUGUCUAAUAAUUAGUUAAUUCUGCAGUCAACCAAUCAGAUUCUUUUUAAACAAGACAUAAUAUUUGUACAAAAUAUUGCAAUACGUUAUUAUCUUGUAUUAGAAAUCCCCUUUUCUUUAUAAGUUCUCCUGUAAGAUAUACCACAGAGCAUUUCAGGAACACAUGACAAUCUAUAGUCCCUACAGAGUCACUCUUGCAAGGAUAAACUGUACUGAAGUUCCUGCAGUUGUGAUAAUCUAGCAAUUUGCACAUGUGGGCUUCUCUCUAAGUUGUAAGUUAUUUGUAAAUGAUUUGUAAAAUAACUGUUCUUAAAUAUAAUGUGUAGCAAUUUUCUCUACCACACAUUGUCCAGCUAUAUCUGUGAUUUUUUUUUUUAAAGUAUUUGUUACUGCACUUUAAAGACCACAACUCAACUGCUUUUUUUCUACUGCCGAUGUAAAUUUCAUUACAGAAUGGUAAAUAUUGUAUGUAUAAUGGUUUGAUGAAUACAUUUCGGCAUAACCUGCCAGACUGA